AUAUCUCAGCAGAAUAACAGUUAUCCAGAUCAGCAAGCACUUCCCCCACGUUCCAUCGCCACCCAAUCAGUACGAUCUCCCUCCCCCCCGCAAGGCCCCAUCUUAGACCACUCACACCUCCGUCCCGGUAACCAAGCAUCCCUCCUCUCAUACGAGCGCACCCUUGAGCUUUAUCGUGCAAAUGCUAAGAAGACCCAAGACCCCGAUUUGCAGUUCGAGUUCGCCGUCUUCAUGAUUGACGCUUCCAAAUCUUUUCCUAUCCCUACCCCCACUCCUGGAAACGUCAUGGAAAUCGAGAAAGCAGUCGAGAAGCGGGAGAAUCUCGUACACGAGGCCACCUCGUUGCUCAAGCGUCUCGCAGACAGAGGUCACCCAGCUUCACAAUAUUUCCUAGCAGAUUGUUACGCAAACGGUCUCGGCACUGUGAAAAACAGACAAGACUUUGAUCGUGCAUAUCCCUUGUUUGUCCUAGCUGCUAAGCACGGCCAUCCAGAUGCUGCCUAUCGUGCCGGCACCUGUUGCGAAAACGGAUGGGGCUGCCGCCGUGAAUCCGCCAAGGCCCUUCAGUUCUUCCGUAAAGCCGCUGCAGCACAGCAUCCUGGCGCCAUGUAUCGUAUUGGCAUCGCAGAGCUAAACGGAGAACUAGGGUUAUCAAAGAGGCCCAGAGAGGGUGUCAAGUGGCUCAAACGCUCUGCAGAGCACGCCAAUGCAGAGUUCCCUCAUGCAUUGCACGAGCUGGCGCUUCUUCACGAACGUGGUGUCGAGAACGUCGUUUUCAUCGACGUCGAAUACUCGGUAGAGUUGCUCGCUCAGGGUGCCGAAUUGGGAUAUGCGCCCUCUGCACAUCGCUUGGGGGAGUGCUACGAAUAUGGCAAAAUGGGUUGUCCCCAGGACCCUGCGCUCUCUAUUCAUUACUAUAACAUUGCUGCUCAACAGAACCACAGAGACGCAUGCUUUGCGUUGACAGCGUGGUACCUAGUCGGCUCUCCGGGUGUCCUCCCCCAAUCGGAUACAGAGGCAUUCUUGUGGGCGAAGAAAGCGGCUGAUGCAGGUCUUGCAAAAGCCAUGUAUGCCGUGGGCUACUUCUUGGAAGUCGGCAUUGGUACGCCCCCGAAUAUGUCCGAAUCUCUCUCCUACUACAAGAAGGCAGCAGAGCUAGGUGACAAGCGUGCUUCCCAACGGCUCAAAGGAGCCACAAAUACGCCUAUGCCCCAUCCCGGUGGUCCUGGGUCAGUUAUCAGCAGAGACGUGGGCGAUACGAUGAAUGGAAAGCACAACAACAAAGAUUGCAUCAUCAUGUAAACGACAGAAGUGCAUUUGCUCAUUCUUCGCAUCAGAGGAGAGUGGUAUACGAAAGGAUGCUUGAUCAAGAUCAUGGACUGCAAGGGGCAGCUGGAAGACCGUACAUUGCCUUGCCACCCGUUAUAAUUUUCACGCUCGUUACCUGCUUAAAAAGAACUACACAGGUCUACUCGGAUAUUCAUUUUAAUCAUAUAUGCUGGGACUGGUUAGCUGUAUGCAUCAGUCGUUUAAUAAUCUUAUGUAUAUACAAGUGGACUCGGAUGGACUGGUAGUAGGUUAGAUACGAUAACGAACGAUUAGAUCUGAUUUUGUGGCAGCAUUUAUUUAAUUUCACUUUCUUGAAGAAUUCCAUCAUACCCUUGAAUCUAU